CUCAUUACACAGAGAGACGGAGAGAGAGACAGACAGAGAGAAGCAGAAAAUAGCAGCGAAGGAAGAGGGAAAAGCCAGUCAGCUACUUUCAUAGUUGGACAACAAAUCGGUCGGUCAUUUGGAUAGUCAGUCAGUUGGUUAGUUGGUCAGUUAGGCAGUUUCUCAGUUUGUAAGUUAAUCAUUUAGUCAGUCAUUCAGUUAUUCAUUUGGAUAGUCAGUCAGUUAGUUGGUUAGUUGGUGAAAGAGUCUUUUAGUUAGUUAGCUAGUCACUUGGUCAUCCAGGUAGUUUUUCAGUUUGUUGGUUAUUUAGCUUCUUAAUCAGUUAGUCCGUCAUUUAGUUAAUUAGUCAGUUGGUUAGUUUGUCAAUUGGUCAGUCAAUAAUUUAGUAAGUCAUUUAGAUAUUAACUUGGGUAGUCAGUUAGUUGGUUAGUUGGUCAGUUAGUCAGUCUGGCAGUUUAUCAUUUAACCAGCCAGUUAAUUAUUAGUCAGUUCAGUCGGUCAGUUAUUCAAUUAUUACUUAGUAUAGUCUGUCAGUUGGCUGUUUUUUAUAUUUUUAGUUGUUUUGCCAGUUAGUCAGUCAGUUAAUCAUUUGGUCAGUUAUUCAGUUAGCCAUACAUUUUGUCAGUCAGUCUUUGAGUAAGUUACUAAAUUUGCCAGUUGGCAAUUAGUUGGUUAGUUGGUGAGUUAAUGAGUCGGUCAGUUGGGCAGUUUAUCAGUUAUAUUUAGUCAGUUAUUCAGUUAGUUUUUUCUUUAGUCAAUUAGUCAGUUGGUCAGUCUUUCAUUCAGUUAUUCAGGCAGCAGUUCAGUGAGCAAGUUAACCACCAAGACAGUCAGCAAGGCAAAGCCGUUAAACCAAUCAUCCAUCCCUCCAGCGAGGCAGCGAGUCAGCUGGUGAGGGAGUGGCUUUCUGCUCUGCUGCCUCCAGUUUUCCAGUGAACCAGCCUCUCCCUCCGUCACUCCAUCAGUCAGUCGCUCAGUCAUCCGGUGGGCGUAGAUGCAGGGCCGCUGGUCAGCUGUUCUGGACGGCUCGUAUCUCCCUCAGGAUCUCGCACUGUUGAAUCAGCUGAGGAGCCACUGAGAGGUUUAUUGCAGUCAUCACUAUGACUGAUGGGGAUUAUGACUACCUUAUAAAGCUCCUUGCCCUGGGGGACUCCGGCGUGGGGAAGACCACCUUCCUGUACCGAUACACAGACAACAAGUUCAACCCCAAGUUCAUCACCACAGUCGGCAUUGACUUCAGGGAAAAGAGAGUAGUGUACACAGCGUCAAACCCCAAUGGGACGACCACAGGGAAAACCUUCAAGGUUCACCUUCAGCUCUGGGACACAGCUGGACAGGAGAGGUUCCGCAGCCUGACAACGGCUUUCUUCAGGGACGCCAUGGGCUUCCUGCUGAUGUUUGAUCUCACCAGCCAGCAGAGCUUCCUCAACGUCCGAAACUGGAUGAGCCAGCUACAGGCCAAUGCCUACUGUGAGAAUCCAGAUAUUGUGUUGGUAGGAAACAAGGCGGACCUGGCCGACCAGCGGGAGGUUCAGGAGAAACAGGCCAAGGAGCUGGCUGAUAAAUAUGGGAUCCCGUACUUUGAGACAAGUGCAGCGACAGGAGUGGAGGUGGACAAGGCGGUGAUAACGCUGUUGGACCUGGUCAUGAAGAGGAUGGAGCAGUGCGUCGACAAACCGCCCGCUGAGCCGGUCAAUGGGGACGGGGCCACAAAGCUUGCCGAUGUGCAGCCCAAUGAGAAGAAAUGUGCAUGCUAGAUCACGAGGCGAUUCAGGAAACGACCAGUCUGCGCUCCUCUGUCGUCUGUCCUUUUUACUCAACACAUUCCCUCCUUUUACCUUCUCCUUCUCUGUCAUCUUUGAUUGCAUGUUUUUCAUCUUCUCCUGUUCUCUCUCUGCUCUCUAAAACUAACCUUUAACCAUCUUCUGCUCCUCUUUUCUUUCUCUACCUCCCUUUAUUCUUCCUUCCCCUCCCAAAGCGUCUGCCACUUUGGCAAUGAAACAACCUGGGCCCCCUCUAGUGGAUAUUCAAGGUAAUACAGUGUCAUCAUGUCUGCCUUUGAGCUCAGUUUAGGAGGAAAUUAAAACAGGAGGAGACAGCUUCAUCACUGUCAGACAAACAACGUGCCUCGUUUAAAACAUGCGGCUUGGAAAUUAUGCUCAGCACGCUCCCAAUUUCUCUGCUCACAAGUGGUUUGAAUUAUUUAAAUAGAUCUAAACAGGCAAAAAGAGAUGUUUCAAACUUUAAUUUUAAAUCUUUAAAGUACGAUCUGUUCAUCACUUCGUAAAAGGGGAAAGAUUUUGCUUCCUGUUUAGGCUGUCACUGGAUGACAGCCUAAACAAGAAGCUGUGUGUGUGUGUGUAAAUUAAGUCGUGGUCCUCUCCUGAAACUUUUCCUCCUGGACCAGGCUGAGCAACUGUGUGACCAAGUUUUUGUUUUAUUUUUCUCCCUGUUUCACACUGUUUUCGAUGCUGUACCCGUGUUAGCCAGGUAUGUUAAUUUUUUAGUGUUUCAAGCAGUUUUAGUUUGGUUCACGGAUGCUAGAAGUUUGGUAAAAAUGCACCAAAUAGUGUUUUGUAUAGUUGAUGGAGGUCUUUGACACCUGAGCGAGAGUGGCUGUUCACAGUUUGUGUUUCUAAACAUACAACCUAUCAACCAUGAUGUCUGUGUCUGAUUCAGAUUAAUCACCGAUUGAUUUUUUUGUUAGGCUAAUGUCAGCUUGUUAGCUUAUAUACCUAACUAAAAUAUUAGGCCACAAACUAGCUAAGGUACGGUAUCAGUGCCUGGCAGUGUUAGCAUGCUGCUUGUAGCCACUGCUAAUAUUAACAAAAGCUGCUGAUGAGUGUUUGCAAUGUUUCAGUAGCUUUAAUAUGGAAACAAAUCAAAAAAAAAAAAAAACAGGUAUAUCUGUAUAACCUUUAGUAUCAGUCCUCUCACCAAACCACCAACAACUUAUUAUCCACACCAGCUCUUUAAGUAUUGGCACAGAAAGCAACAACUCAACAACCUUGAACACAAAGUUUUCUCUGAAUUCCAUCUUUCUAUCUGACUUUUGAUACCAAAACAAUAGCAUGCAGUAAGCUAACGUAACCUACCCUGCUGUGCCUUUUUUUUGUCGUUCAUACAGGACUGCCAUAUGGUUGAAUAGAAAUAGCAUUGUUUGGAUACUUUUACAUUACGCUGAUAACAUUGAAUUCGAUUAGAAUUUUGCUAAGUAUAUAUACUGUUUCUAUUUCCCAGCCCUACUUCGGACUGAACAGAUCAACACACACAAAAGUGCUUCAGCUAGCUCUCUGUUAGCAGCCCAGUUGGUUAUACUUUGCUACUGUACAGCUGACUCUCCACUAGACCUCCAUGAUGGCGCCAGACUUGGCUGACUGUAGAUUUGCAGAUAGUAUACCAUUCAUAUUGUAGGACGAAUAUGGGUACAGCAUGGCACAUGUGCAAUGGAGGAAAAAAUGCCUACAUUGUAUAUCAUUAAUAGAGUGUCCUAGAGCAGGAUAGACGUAUUGUUCCAAAUUGAUCUAUUGCCUUGGCUUUUAAAGCGUUAUUCCACUGUGGAGGAACAGAGUAUAAUCUCUGUGGGAGAGUAUCGGCUGCUCUGAGGACGCAAUGUCACCGUAACUUGCUAACAUUUACAGAAAAUGAAAUUAUUGUAAUCCAUAGCCUAAUAACGAUAAUGGCUAUUUUACAAAUAGAACAAACUUGGCUUGUAAGUCAAUAUAAAUGCCUUGAAAAAAGUUAUAUGAACUUAUGCGUGGAGAGGACAAUUAUAGCUAAUCAGAAUCAUUAUUUUGAAUAUAGACCUUUCUGAGAAUGAAAAAAAAAAGAAGCCAAAUGUCAGUUGGGUUCAGCUUUUUUCUUUUUGCAGCUGAUUUUCUCUCACCUCUUUAUAACAGAUAAUCAAAGUGAAAUAUCGCUUUAAGGCCCCAUACAUGACCAAUGUUGUUAGACUAUAAAGUGACCAAUUAUUUAUAUUAAAAGAAAUGUAAAACAUAGAUUAUUAUUUCUCUUGUCAUAUUGUUGUUAUAUUCUUUAUAUCUCACGCUCCCCUUUUUUUUCCGUCAAGAGAAAAUGAUCUCAACUGCAUUUACAUUUUUCAUUGCUGUAGUGCUCUUAAGCUCAAUUGUCAAAUUAACCGAAAAAUUACAAAUCUAUCAACAAAUUGUGUCUCUAACAUGGAGAAAAUACACUAUUAUAAACUCUAAAAAGUACAGUAGAAGUUGUUGAAGACUAUUUUUCUUUGCUCUGAACUGGACUUUUUAGGUUCAACACUUGGUGUACACCAACUUGUUGUUGUUUUGUUGCUUAACACUAUUGUUUCUUUUUUAUUGCAUACCAGACCAUUUAACAGUUGCUGUGCAUAAAACCUAAUGAAAUCAUGUUAUAUUGAAACUAAAUUCCACAGAGUUCAGUUUAAAAGGCUGCAUGAGUUGUACCAUGAUGCUACGCUUGAGCACAGCAAAAAACAUCCGUAUUUAGAAGCGAUUUAGACGUAAAUUUACAAAAAAAAAAAUCCUGUCCAUUUAAAUGUCAAAAAUUAGAUGAUCGAGAUCGAGUCUGAGAUGAUGUCUUUUGUUUUAAGUGCAACUCAACAAUUUUCCUUACAUCAAGUAACACCUUGAUCUGCCUUACUUCAUGAAAAAUCUUGAGCCAAGUUGAGGUGCACCAGAAACAAGGGAAAUGAUCUGUUUGCUUGCCACCUGCUGGCAGCUAAAUCCUUAUUUUGUCCUUCAGUGAGCCAUGGGGAGGGUUUACAUAGCAGUCCCAACUCACCGCUGCAUAAUAUUAGGAUUACUGCAGGUUGGUUUUCAAAGUGUACUGAAACUGGUGGCUGCCAAAUGGGUCAGCAGUAAUAUUAAGUAUACUAAGUGUGGCGUAUUAAGGCAAAACACUGCUGUGGUCAUUUUAAAGAUGAUAAAAAGUUUAAUUUCAAUAUUUGAUUAAAUUAUUUUUUACAUCAUUUUGUGUUCUCUGGAUCCAUUAAAAAGAAUCCUAAGUUGAAGUGUCAUAGAGCUUUGGCUUCACCUCGCUGUCACCUAUUUAAUCUGCCAGUUUGCCAAAUAAAAAAAGGAAGCACCACAAACAAGCGUUUGUUUUCAACAAACCUAAACCUCAUUCUGCUGUUCACUCAGAGAAAAACUGCUUUCACAAACACAAAAAUGUGUUUUUUGUCUGUUGUUUUUUAGUUUAAAAGCCAAUCAGUUGUCUGCCAACAGUUGAUCUCAGUGCCAUAUUAAACACCCACCACUGUUUUAACCGAUUUAAAUUUAUCAAAACAUUAAUUAGCUGAUUAUCAAGACAUAAGGAUAUGACUCACAAUGGAACAUUCUAGUUACAUCCCCUAGUUACUUAUUGCAUAAUUGUGAUAAUGUUCCCAGAAAAUAUUGUAUCUCUAUGGGUCUGGUUGUACUGUUUCCGCUGAUCAUCUUUUUUUGUUCAAAUCUGUAGAUUUUAUCUUUUAUUUUGGUUUUACAGUAAGUCAUGUAUCAUGUACAGGUUACACUUACAGAAGCAGCUUAGUGAAAUUCUUUUAACAGGUUUAUUUUUAUUUUGUUUGUUUCCUUUGUUCCAACUUUCGUUAAUGAAGCAAGUCCUGUUACAGUUAAGCAAAUGAUAUUUCAAUAGAAUUGUAUCUUUAAGACUUAGACCUAAAGAUAGUUAAAGCUGCAGUAACUGAAAUAGAAAUUUUUUGACCACUUGGGGACAGUGGAAAAAGCUGAAAACACAGCUUUGAUGACAUAUGAUCAUCUUAUAAAAUUGUUGUGGCCAACGUGUUAGCAAACAGCUGCAGACACAGAGUAACAUUUGUGUUUUGAGUUUGUGUCCAUCUGAUAAAUCUAAUUCCAAUAUUUACCAUCAUUUUACCACUUUUUUCACUCUUUGUCUGUCUGCUGUUUGGUGCUGGACAGGUAGUGUACAGUGGGUUUAUCAAAGCUUGUUUGCUAAAAACAGCUGCCUAUUGUUGCUGGAAAGGGGGUUGAGGAGACUUAACCAUACACUAAAUGUGCCAUAAAACCAAAACAGUGAGCUAAAAGAGGCUAAAAGGCUCUGUAUCGUGCUGCAUAAUUCUGUGGGUUCAAAAGGAGUGUCACCUUUCACAUUCCAGAAUCCACUGUUACCAUAAAAAUCUUGAGUAGUGCCGCUUUAAAAUAUCUCAUACAUGUCUUUAAUAGUCUUUUAAACAGCUUACCAAGUGUUGAUUUCAUUAAAGCCACUAAUCAGGUGUGUAACUUUUUCUCAGUUUUUGAAAAGUUUCCAUGUUUUUGGUAAAUGUUUGGUGAAACUGUUAAAUUAUGACUUAGGAAAAAAAUUACUGGUUGUGUAUAAAUUUAAUGCAGCCUUAUUGAUGACUGGCAACUAAUUUGGGUUAAAUUGCAGCAAAAUGUUUCUUUAAUUAUCUUAAUGCAUUUAUUUUGCAAUGACAAAAAAAAAGUUGAAACAUGAAUAUGUAUCCGUAAGAUCUACCUAACAGCUCAGAUCAAAUAAAGCAAGGAGACAAAAUUAACUCAUAAAAAAAUCAACAGUGCCAGGUUAAUGAUGGUUGUCUUAGUAUUUGAGACUGAGUCCAGAUUUCCAGUGCGCCUCACCGCUAGAUGGACAACCAUUUUCCUACACAUGUUGAACCAAUGCCUUUUAAUUGUGACAAUCUUCUGAACCAAUUUGUCAGCUUUUAUCUGAGCCUUUCUUCUUAUGUUGCUCAUUAUAUUUUGUUAUAAAUUUUAUUUAAAUUUUAAGAAUAUGUUUGUCCUCUGAUGCCCUUUUGCUUAAAUUCAGUAUUCAGUUGUGCCACAGGUAUAUCUGACAUUUACUGACAUUACAUUUAUUUUCACUGUCUUGAAUCAUGUUUUUCUUGAAGCAUCUCUUUCAUAAUUCUUGAAUGGUUUUGGUAGUUUUUGAAUUCACUUUGAAAGUUUACACUGUUUGAAGAGUCAUGCUGUGCCUGUCAUUAACUCUUCUGUCUGAACCUCUGUAACGUUUGUGAGCUACUGAGUAUUUUAAUGCAUUAUUGAUUAUAGAUUACAAAGCAGAGGCAAAAGAGACCAGAAGUCAUGAUGUUGUUUUUGUGCCCAAUAUAUCAAAACAAUUAAUCAAUACAAGUACCUCUAAGAGCUUUUAUUUUUGGAAAUCGUCUGUGAAUUCUCUCUGAUGCCUGCGGUUUGUACACGUUUCUUCAGUUUUCACUGCGUGUAUCGAUGCCUGUGUGUGUUUGUUGGGUUUGUUGCACCGUCAGCAUGUUUGACACAAUGAGAAUGAAAUGACCUGUGAUGCGUUUAAUGUUUCUGAUGUCAGAGCUGCAAAUAAAUCUCUGUGUUUGUUUUA